GUUAAUUUGCAUAGCAAACAUAAACAAAGCGUGUGUGGUUUCUCUGUGAGUUUCCAAGAGUUUUAUUGAAAUACCUACUAAAUUGUUAUUUAUCAUCCGAAAGGAGUUUUUAUCAAAUACAUGGAAACCAAACAGAAAAUAUUGAUUGUGGGAGACGUAAACGGGAAGCUUAAAUCUUUCUUCGCGCGCAUUGAAAAUGUAAACAACAAGACAGGUCCGUUUGAUUUGGUACUUUGUGUAGGGGAUUUCUUUGGCCCAUCGCCGGAAAUUGCCGAGUUGGGUGCAUAUAAAAGCAACCAAAAGAAAGUUCCCAUUCCAGUUUACAUCCUCGGCCCGAACGAUGAGGCUACUGCCAGGUUUUACACGGAUACGCAAAACGGUGAUAUCUGUGAAAAUCUAAGUUAUCUUGGUAAGAGAGGAAUAUAUUGUACCUCAAGUGGUCUAAAGAUUGCUUACGUAAGCGGUGUGGAAGCGGAAACCGCUACCAGCAAGUCUGUUCCCGAGUGGAAAUUUACGAGACAGGACGUUCAAGCUGUGAGGGAUUCUUGCUUCGCAAGUAAGUCCAAUAUGGGUGAUUAUAGAGGUGUUGAUGUCCUGGUUACAUCACAAUGGCCAGCAGGCAUUCGGAAAGAGGUGCAGGAGGGCUCCAAGCAGAUUGCUUGGCUUGCCAAUACAAUCAAACCCCGUUAUCAUAUUUGUGGGUUGAACGGAGAGUACUAUGAGCCCCCUCCUUAUAGGACUCAACCAGAUAAAAACACACAAAUGGAAUUGGCCACCCGCUUCAUUGCACUAGCUGAUUUCGCCAACCGGGACAAAAAGAAACAUAUUUACGCUUUAGUUUUAACACCAGUGGAUAAAAUGCGUAUUCUUGAGCUGAUACAAAAGACUACGGAUGAAACGGUUUCUCCCUAUGCGAAUAUGAAUUUUGGCGACGAAGGACAAAAUUCCGGGCGAGAGAGAAGCGGCGAUCAGUAUUUCUACGACAUGAACGCUUAUGACGACUCUCGUGGUAACAAAAGACGCAGCCAAGGAAACAAUCGCAUCAGUGGUAAUCAUGAUCCGAAACGGCAAAAGCCUGCCUUUGAUCAGGAAAAGUGCUGGUUUUGUUUGUCGUCUGGUUCUAUAGAAAAGCACUUAAUCAUCUCUGUAGGAGACCACUUCUACCUAGCACUGGCUAAAGGUCCGGUUAACGAUACUCAUAUUCUUAUUUUGUCUAUUACGCAUAUACAAAACGCUUCGCUGCUUUCGGCUGACCAGUGGAACGAACUAAACAAGUUUAAAGCGGCGUUAGCUCAGUUCUUUAAAGAUCGCGAAGAGCAGAUUUUUAUAUACGAACGCAACUACAAAACCGGGCACCUGCAAAUCAAUGCAAUUGGAAUUGAUAACAAUGUGGCGUGGAAGAUCAAACACGUCCUAGAGGAUAAAUCAGAGGAACAUAAUAUUACACUAGAGACGACGGAGCUGCCAAAGUCUCCAGCAGAUUUGCCUCAAAAAACACCUUACUUUGUGGCUGAACUACCAGACGGCACGGUGAUGUUCACCAAGCAGAUGAAACAAUUUCCGCUGCAUUUUGGUCGAGAGGUGAUCUGCGCGGACAACUUGCUCAACUGUGAAGAAAAGAUCGACUGGAGACAGUGCAAAUUGGAGCAGGAGGCUGAAGAAGCGAUGGCGCAGAGCUUUCGGGAAAGUUUCAAACCGUACGAUUUUACUGUUUAAGAUUGGGACAGUUCUGAGGCUAGCAACGCGUAGCGCUUGCCGAAUGACGAAAAUAACCAUUUUUCUGAUGUAAAAAUGUACAAAAGAUUUUCAAUAUGCGUUUCGUUUGAAAAAAAGAAUUUAUAUUUUGGGUA